GUCGAACAGACGAACAGCUUCACAGUGUUUGACGUGGGUGCCCAACAGCAUAAUAUAGCAGCCUGUAGUUUCAGCUGAAAACCAAACAAAUCCGUUGCAAACCUAUCCAAAGAAGAAAAUAUUAUCCAACAGAAAACAUGCCGGCCCGAAACAAGGAACAAGAGCAAGAAGUGUUGGAAUGGAUCAGCCAAGUGACUGGCGAAAAGCUGCCGGCCGGCGCGGUCUACGAAGACGUGCUCAGAGACGGAGUGGUCUUGUGUAAUCUCAUCAACAAGAUCAGCCCUGGAUCAGUGAAGAAGAUCCAAACCAAGGGCACUAACUUCCAAUUAAUGGAGAACAUACAGAGGUUUCAAGCCGCCCUUAAGAAAUACGGUGUACCCGAGGAAGAAAUUUUCCAGACAGCCGACCUGUUUGAACGUAGAAACAUACCUCAAGUGACCCUUUGCCUGUACGCCCUAGGAAGAUAUACUCAAAAGCACCCGGAAUACACGGGGCCCAGGUUAGGACCUAAAAUGGCGGACGUCAACAAGAGAGAGUUCAGCGAAGACCAGUUGAGAGCGUCGGAAGGACAUCUGAACUUGCAAAUGGGUUUCAACAAGGGCGCGUCUCAAUCUGGGCUUGGAUCUUUUGGCAACACUAGGCAUAUGUAAAAUAUCAACUAUUAUUCUAAUUAUUUGUAUUAUUGUUUAAAAAAUAUAUUCGCUUUAAUUUAAACUAACAUUUCGUAUUGAGUAUUAUAUUUAUUAUAUACAUAAAUUAUUUUCAUUAAAAUUCUGCUACUUUUUUUUUUAUUUCAA